CUGUGCUGCGCUCCCAUCAGCCCACAGUCCCACACACACUUGCAUCGCAGGAGCGCUCGCCGGAGAGGAGCAAGGGUGGCCGGAGGACGAAACCCUAGCUUGCGGCAGCAUCGGCGGCGGUAGAAGGAGAAGAUGAUCUACGACGUGAACUCGCCCCUCUUCCGCUCCUUCCUCAGCCAGAAGGGAGGCGCCGACAAGAGGAAAAUGGAGGAGCAUAAACCAAAGGAGCAGAGGCCCAAGGCCAGCGAGAACAAGCCUGUGAUGAACGAAUGAACAUCUCUGGAAGCGGCAUUCAUUAGCCCUGUGGCGAACCUCAAUGUCCACCUCCUCUGUUUAGCUUAAAACCAACGCUUUCUAUAGUCUUAGCCAUGUCCUAGUUUCCCCUUAUAGCGCUCUGGCUGAACAUGGCGACAGUGCAACGGACAUGAAGCUUGAACUACCUAUAGGAUUAUUAUCAAUUUGAGACGCCCAUGAUUGACAACUUUUCAGCAGCCCUCCUAUUACUGCCGUUGUGGUUGGUAUAAAUUCGUGGGGCGCCCCCAUGUUCAUGCCUGCUUUUCCACCUCCCCUGCAGCCCUGCCUGUA